GGGCGCGGGGCGGGGCGGCGGGACUAGCCGGGCGCGCGAGGCGGGGGCAGCCGCACACCCGCGGCGGAGCGAGGCUGAGGCGGGUCACUGUGGCGCUGCUGGGCGGGGCUCCGCGCUGAUCCCGGAGCGGGGCGAAGGUUUCCAGCGCUCCGGUCACGAUCUUAAAAUCUCAAGACAUGUAUUUCCUUGGACUGUUGUCUUUGCUGGUUUUGCAAAGCAAUGCCUUCAAGACAAAUCUUCCCGAUGAAACCAUUGCUGAGAUUUCUGUGAAUGUCUACAAUCAGCUACGAGCUACAAGAGAAGAUGAGAAUAUUCUUUUCUCUCCUCUAAGCAUUGUACUGGCCAUGGGAAUGGUAGAGCUUGGAGCUCAUGGAACCACUUUGAAAGAAAUUCGACGUUCUUUAGGUUUUGACAGCUUAAACACUGGUGAAGAGUUUACCAUCUUGAAGGACUUUUCUGAUAUGGCAACUACUGAAGAAAGUCAUUAUGUGCUGAAUAUUGCAAACUCCCUCUAUGUACAGAAUGGAUUUCAUAUCAGUGACAAAUUUCUGCAGUUGGUGAAAAAAUACUUUAAAGCUGAAGUUGAGAAUGUAGACUUCAGCCAAAGUGCAGCUGUAGCUACCCACAUCAAUAAGUGGGUGGAAAAUCAUACAAAUAAUAUGAUCAAAGAUUUUGUGUCUUCAAGCGAUUUUGGUGCUCUAACUCAUUUGGCGCUCAUCAAUGCAGUCUACUUUAAAGGCAACUGGAAAUCACAAUUCAGACCUGAAAAUACAAGAACUUUUUCUUUCACUAAAGAUGAUGAAAGUGAAGUGCAGAUUCCAAUGAUGUACCAGCAGGGAGAGUUUUACUAUGGAGAGUUCAGUGAUGGCUCCAAUGAAGCAGGUGGUAUCUAUCAAGUCCUGGAAAUACCAUACAAGGGAGAUGAGAUUAGUAUGAUGAUCGUUCUUUCCAGACAGGAAGUUCCACUGGUGACAUUGGAACCGCUGGUCAAAGCCUCAUUGAUUAAUGAAUGGGCUAAUUCUGUAAAGAAGCAAAAAGUCGAAGUGUAUUUACCAAGGUUUGCAGUAGAACAGGAAAUUGAUCUGAAAGAAAUCUGGAGAGGUCUCGGAAUUACAGAGGUGUUCAGCAGUAGUGCUGACCUCACGGCAAUGUCUGAUAACAAAGAACUUUACCUUGCAAAGGCAUUUCACAAGGCAUUUCUAGAAGUUAAUGAGGAAGGAUCAGAAGCUGCUGCUGCCUCAGGGAUGAUUGCCAUUAGCAGAAUGGCUGUGCUGUAUCCCCAAGUUAUAGUUGAUCAUCCCUUUUUCUUUCUGGUCAGAAAUAGAAGAACAGGUAUGGUGUUAUUCAUGGGAAGGGUAAUGCACCCUGAAGCAAUGAAUACAAGUGGCCAUGACUUUGAAGAGCUUUAACUGCCACCAGCUACCAAAAAGAGGAGAUAAGCACAUAAAGUUUGAAGUUAAUAUAUUUGAAGUUUGCUGUGUUUUCCCCCAAGUUAUUGUUUAAAAUGCACUCAGAUCUAACUGUGCAAGUCAGUUUGCAGAGGAAAGCUUAUGGUACUGAAGUAAUGGUUCUAUUUCUGUCAUUGUGAUUGCUGUGUCCUUAAAAUAAAAUUGUGUACGUGUCAACAACUGUUUCUUGUUCUAGUGAAUUGUAAAGCAAAAAACUGCAAAUCCAUUAUUCAUAGUUUUUUACAGUCCAAAGAUUGACUUGAUCAAUGAGACAGGAGCAGAAUGUGUGCUGCUCUGAAUAAUGCAAAUGGCAAACCUUGAUGAUAAUUUAUAGAGUUGAAGAGCUACAUCUGGAAAAUGUUAUCUCUUCUUUUAAAGUAGCAAACAGACUGCAGUACUCUGUCUCAUCAAAGUUAAUGGAACAAAUUAAGCCUAGUGGAUUUUAUUCUAAAAGAUAACUGUGGUAGACUUCGUGAACUCUCCCACAUGUGAUUCUAAAAUGUUGCUUUUAUGAAUGCUCCUGCAUGUGACUCUGCAAUUCACCUUCCAUAACUGUUGAUGCCAAUAAAAUUUGACCGCAUGAGUAUUUGAGACUACUCAGUGUAGAAUAGCUAUGUAUGUGACUGAAGUAAAAUAGUUGAAUAUUAAUGUCAUUUGUGUGGACAUAUUUUUCUCCCGCAAAGUAGUUGUUCUCAUUUAACCUAAGCUUUGCAGUAUCUCACUUCAGGGAUCUAGAAUGAUGUUUCACAAAGUAAAAAAAAAAAAAAAAAAACCCACCUUUAAUUUUAAGUGUCUAAAAAUGUUUUAUUCAUAAAUAAAAGUAUAAAGAACAACAUAAUCCUUUUUAUUCCCCAGCUUUUUGUUGCGAACAUACUGACAGGAGAGUGGCACAUACCACAAGUAAAUAUUAGCAGAGGAAUCAGUUGCUGUUUCCAUUUGCCAGAGGAGAAGUAUCAGUUCUCACCAGAGAGGCAUAUAAUUAUUUCCUUCCUCGCUGGCAAAAUAUAAAGAGAAGAGAAGUUAUUGAAAAGGUAAGAGAGAAUAGGAGAAAAGAAGGGAUGAGCUCCUUUGAAACAGAUCAUAAAUACAAACUUUUGAUAAUAAGUGGGUUUCUUCUCAGUCAAAAGGAGUUUUGUCUUUUGAAUUCUAUGGUAACAAAUGCAUAUUGGCUGAACUUUAGGUAUAGGCUUUUCUGGCAUAUGUUCACUUCAGAGCAACAUAUAUAUUGCUCACAAAGUUAUUCAUGCAAGGAGAACUUUCAAAUUUUGACACGUUCACUUUUUUUUUAUAUACUGCUGGUGUGAGUCAUGCAGGUCAGACAGUGAGGUGAUGAAUGUUCUCCAUGGAGGCUGGCUAUGCUCCCUUGGAGAAAGGGCAUUUGAACACAUUUCUAGCCCUUCCUCCUUGAAUUGUUGAGUUUUGUAGCACAGAAGAAAAAUGGAGCUCCAAAGUGUAUUGCUGUUGUUGGAACCAUUAGUGUAUUAUAGUCUGGACUGGGUGAAAGAAUUUUUGUAUUAAAAUUUAGAAAAGACUAAUUUUAGUUCUGUAUAGCUAAAAAUGUUCUGCUUGGGAGUGGAAAAAGAGGGAGUGCUUCUAAGAAGGAGCAGGGGCUAAUUCUACCAAGAAAUCCAACUAGCCUCACUGCAGGUAUAACCAGUGCCUUUGACAUGGGAUUACGCAAGGGCUGGUUCUUCAUCUUUAAAUGAUUUUAUGAACAUCACCUAAUGUCUGUAAAAGUGACCUGUACGCUAAGGAUCUCUUGUGGUUUUAACCUUAUGAGAGCCUGAUUUUUAAGCUGUUACAUUUUAUCAGGCUAAUUUUUGAGGUGUUCACUCCAAGUUGGAAAGACAUGAGAAAGCACGUGACAACCUUCAAUUUUCAGUCCAUCAAAAAUUCUUCCUGACCAAUUUUGUUUUUUCUUUGUGUUAGUUCCUUGCAGCAUAGAAGCUUUGUACCAAGAGGAGUGCAGAUAGAUUUGAACUAAAGUUGUAUUAUGGAAGGACAGCUGCCAGUCAGAAGUAUUUAUAGAGGAUAUCAGACAAGUGCACAGGCUUCCCUAGCAGUUCAACUGAGCAUAAGUGUAAGUGGAAUGGUGCAGAAUAGCAUAUUCCAAAUCUUACUCAAAGAACUGCCUAAAUGGGUAUAUAGGAAAGCCAGCAGAAGCAGAAAUGCAAACAUUAGUUGCUUCAUUUGCUGCUCUCCUAGUGCUUACAGGUGCAAAAUAGCCAUUUCGUGUUUCUUGAAAAUUGGAGACUUCUCUGGUUUUCAACAAUAUGGAUUAAUUUAUUACAAAAUAAUGCAAAGGUAUUAGUUGUAGACCACAGUAAGAACAGCUCUCAAACAAUACUGUAUUUCAGUAGUGAUAAUAUCUUAAGUGUUGUUACCAAUUUAUUGAGGUAUAUAAAUACUAUUCUGUUGUGGGUUUUAAUUUAGAUUUUGUAUAAUGUUCUUUUCAAAGAUGCUGUUGCUUUUUCAAGGCAAAACUAGUGAAAUAACUUUAUCUUUUUGUUUGGAUUCUUUUUUGUAAGGGGAAUUUGUCAGCAGUGGCUCAUGUGUGAGUUUAGGUGUGUAGUAUUGGAAAAAAAUUUAAAAAUUGUAAUUUGUGUUGGAGACUAUAUCAGAAAAUAAAUUACUGAAACUUC